AUGCUCAGCUCCCGAGAUUUAACUCGAAGUUCGCUUCCCCUCGUUCCACUGGGGUAAAUCCCUUGGUGCAAGACAGGAGCGGUGAGAGCAACUGGAUUUUUCCCUCAGUCAGCCUCGUGGUCGAUUCCGUCCAUCAUCUGACGUCACGUGCUAGUCGCGGAACCCUGAUCAUUUCAGAAUGGCCCUCGUCGUAUUUUUGGCCUUUUCUACGCCAGGGAUGACAGGAUUUUCUUUUAAUUAAGCGCGUUUUUUUCUAAAUGUUUGAUCCGCUAUAUGUAUUAGUUAUUAUAAUUCGGUUUUAAUACCAAUCACCUGUUCAAAUUAAAUGGUUUUGAUAUGACUCCUUGUUUUUGUUUCAGACGUUCUUCUUUCCAGGAUCUGGCAUGAAGCAUCCGAAUUGCAGGACCAAUCACUACUUCGUUUGGUUUCAGGCCUUCUACAUUUGCAGCCAAGAUCGAGGGCUCUUUCCACUGUGACUAUGUAUAAGUCAGGCUGGUUAAGAUGGCGGAAGUGGGCCUCUUCGAAGAUUGGUAUAUCCAAGCCCUUGCACAUCGCCUUGUUCAUCACUGAGCUUACAAAAAUUUGUGUGGAAAACAAUAUGGGUGUGUCACCCAUUGAAGCUGCGCUCUAUCGUAUUAGAUAGUGUCAUACUAUGGCCGGGAUGGAAUCGUUUCCCUGACUGGUUAUCAACUCGUGAAGUCACCUGUCGGAGGAGCGAAAAGGAAGCUGGCUCGUCCAGUGCAGCCUAAAAAACCUUUGUCCGCUCAUACAGUGCAAGCAAUUGCCGAAGUUUCGGUUACGAGUAAUCCUCUCUCUGACGUCCGCUUUUUAUUUAUUUUGCUGGACAGUGAAUGAAUGAAUGAAUGAAUGAAUGAAUGAAUGAAUGAAUGAAUGAAUGAAUGAGUGAAUGAAUGAAUGAAUGAAUGAAUGAAUGAAUGAUGUGAGUGAAUGUGAAUGAAUGAAUGAAUGUGUAUUUAUAUACCGCACAUAUCACAUACUGUCUCAAGGCGGUUUACAAUUCUAAUUGAGUGAGAUCGAACGUCAGCUUGUAAAAAAGUUUAAAAGUUUAAAGUUUAAAGACAGUUUAAGCCUUAAAGACGUUGCUAUCAAGGGUGAUCACAUGAUAAUUUAUGUUGCUAAGCGCAAAAAUGACUAA